AUAAAUAAUACUCACAGAAAAGCAUCUAACAUGCUGUUUAUUGAGAUCUCUGGGUGAGACUUAGACAAACCUCGUAUAAAACAAUGCAACAACAGCAACAAAAACUAGCAAAAUGCCAACAACAGAAUGUAUAGACAUGUUAUAUACAUCACAGAUAUAUGGGUAUGUUUUCAAAGGUAGGGCUACGUACAAAUAGUCAAGGCCAGUAACAUUUGGGGUAUAACGAUGUAACACCACGUACUAAUCUUCACACAGCCACAUUUUGAGACGAUGUAUGCUUGAAUGUAACUUAAAGUUAUUUUUGCAAAAUCAGAUUGUUUCGGAAAAUAUCCAACUCAAUCGUAUUCUUUGUGAUACAGAUUAUACAUUUCCAGUAUGCUUAAGGCUACAAAGUUUUCCGAAAUUGAACAAGGGAAGAUUCUUGUACUGAAUAACCGGAGGAUUGCCGAUAAAAUUCGGCGAAACAGAACGCCAGUGGACGAUUUUCUGAAAGAUCCUGAUGGAUACAACGGGGUUCAUGCCGGUGGACUUUCCAAGGUUACAUCAGAAAGGAAUGAAAGGGCCAUUGUCAGAGCUGUGAAGAAGUCACGCUGCUCUUCUGUUUUCAAAAUCAAGGCAUCAGCAGGAGUAGGAGCCUCAAUAUCUACCAUAAGAAGAGUGAUUUUGAACCAUUGUUUCCACCCGAAAAAGCAGCUGAGACGUCCGUUAUUGUCUCCUUCCCACAAAGCUCUUAGAUUGAUGUUCGCUCGGCAGUAUCAGACGUCAGAUGGUGAAUGGACCGGGUUUCUUUUCUCUGAUGAGAAAAAAGAAAAAGGGAUUUGGAUGGCCCCGACAGUUAUAAUUAUUACUGGGCAGAUAAAUGCAUACAAAAUUCUACUUAUUCCACGUGGCAGAACAGCAGAGGAGGUCAUAGUGCGGGGAACAAUUUUUGCCAAUGGGAAGCUGCCACUUGUCAUCAUGUAUAGCCGUUUCAAUGCUACAUGAUACAUCGAUAUGUUGGACGGGGCUCACACUGAACAAAGACGGAGGAAGGAGAACUUCAUAUUUCAACAGAACAAUGCACCUAUUCAUAAAGCAAAGGCAACUUUGGAUAUCUUCGAUGCAAUUGGAUUUGAAGUCAUAUCAUGGCCUGUAAGAAGCCCCGACUUUAGCCCUGGAGAGAAUGAUUGGCGAUAUGUCACGAAUGUUGUAUACAACGAAAGCAAGCAGUAUUCUGUUAAUGAACUCGAAGCGCCACAUAAAUAAGCACGUAAAAUAUAGGUGCCUUUCUGAAAAGCACAGCUCUACGAUGUGAAUCUCUUCGUUGCUCAACAAGGAUCCUGGAAGCACUGGAAAGGCUAAACUUUAAAGUGCAGUUAAAUCAUUAAUACCACUUCCCAAACAGGCUCAUUAUGGUAUACACCGAUGAAAGAUUGAUUCCCAGCCAUUUCCCUAUAAAGAAAUGUAUAUGUUCAUACUUGUACCACGAAUACUGAAGUUAAUAUUUUAGGCGAAUAAAAUUAUUUGAUUCUAAACAACUGCUUCUCACCACAACAUGUAAUAUCAAAAAAAAAAAAAAAGAAAA